AUGACCAACCCCCAAGAUAACCCAGGCUCUCCUUCACCACCUACCCCAUCCGAUUCCUCCACUACUCCUCAACCCAGCACAAUCCCCCAACCUAGGAGAAGGCGAGUGAAGAUGCUUGCUCGCAAAACUGUGGCUAUAGGUGCGCUUUCAAAGAAACUAAAUGCAAAAUUGAAGUCUAGUCAAGCCCAAGAUUCUAAAAGUUCAGAUGAUUCUUUUAAGUCUGCGAGUGAGGGGGAAGGAACUGGGUCUUCUGAUUCUGAAAAGGUGCAAAAUCCCCCUUCUAAGAAAAGGAGAACUCCAACACCAAAAGCUCCUAGCACUGCAAAAACUACCAAGAAAAGGAAGGCUACUUCUCUAACAACUACUGAGAUUCCUCUACCAAAAGGAAGGGCCACAAGGAGUAAGUUGAAGCAGAGUGAGGAUGAGUUACAAAAGGCCAUGGCAGAAAGCAAGAAGAAAAGAAUGGACAAAGAGAAAGCUAAAGUUGCAGAGCUUGUUGAGGCUGUUGAUACCCCUAAGCCCAAGAAGACCAAGACUUCCUCCAAGAAGUCUUCAUCUGUAUCUAAGACUACUGAACCCUCUUUGGCUAAAAGGACAAGGUCUGCUGUGAAAGCCAAGCAAGUUAAAAUCACUGAGGAGGAAGAAUGGAGUGGUGAAGAAGAGAGUGAAUCUGAUAAUGAACAAGACAAGUUGGCCAAGUUUGGCAAAUGA